GCGACGCUGGCGACGCUGGCUGUGUGAGUAGAGGAGUGUUUUCCAGCUCCGGCCGUCGUGGACAGCUCUCCAGAGUCUCUCAUCUGCUCCCAUCUUAUCUUAUCUGAUGCCUGAGCGUCGGAUCCCUGGUCCGACCGCUUGACUCCUCUUCGCCUACCAACUCACAGCCAUGUCGUCCGCCCAGCUUGCCUCCUUCAAAGUCCCUGCCAUCGAGAAUGAGCCCAUGCUCACUUAUGCUCCUGGCUCCGCCGAACGCAAAGCUCUGCAGGCUGCCAUCGUCGAGAUGGAGCAACAGCUGCCUUUCGAGGUUCCGUGCGUGAUCAACGGAAAGCCCGUCAAGACCGGCAAGCUCGCCAAGCAGCCGAUCCCCGCCGAUCAUGCAAAGCACCUUUGCGCAUACCACGAAGCCGACGAGGCCACAGUGACCAGCGCGAUAGAUGGCGCCUUGGCCGCAAAAUCCGAAUGGGAGAGCAUGCCGUGGAACGACAGAGCCGCGAUCUUCCUCAAGGCCGCCGACCUCAUCAGCAAAAAGUACAGGUACAAAUUAAUCGCUGCCACCAUCCUCGGCCAGGGAAAGAACGCCUGGCAAGCAGAAAUCGACGCCGCCGCAGAGCUCUCGGACUUCUUCCGCUUUGGUGUGAAGUACGUUGAGGAACUCUACUCGCAACAGCCGCCAAAAAACGCGUCGGGAUCUUGGAACCGGGUCGAGUAUCGUGCGCUCGAGGGCUUUAUUUUGGCCGUUUCGCCCUUCAACUUCACCGCUAUCGGUGGUAAUUUGUCUGGAGCCCCUGCUCUCGUCGGCAACGUGGUCGUCUGGAAACCAUCCCCCGCCGCAACUUACUCCAACUAUAUCAUUCACCAGAUCCUGAUUGAAGCCGGUAUCCCUCCCGGUGUCAUUCAAUUCGUCCCAGGCCCCCCAGCAGAGGUGGUCGCACAGGCGAUCAACCACCCUAGCUUCGCUGGGCUUCAUUUCACCGGCAGCACGUUCAUCUUCAAGAAAUUGUGGAAGGACAUCGCCUCCAACCUUGACAAGUACAAGGGCUACCCCCGUAUUGUCGGCGAGACCGGCGGAAAGAACUUCCAUCUCAUCCACUCCUCUGCCGAGAUCAAGAACGCUGUCUUGCAGACAGUUCGGGGUGCCUUCGAGUACCAAGGUCAGAAAUGCUCUGCCCUCUCUCGCCUCUACGUCGCAUCUUCUGUCUGGAAAGGCGGGUUCAAGGAUCUUCUCCUGUCCGAGAUCGCGAAGAUCAAGGUCGGUGCGCCGCAAGAUUUUGGCAACUUCAUGGGCCCUGUCAUUGGCCGACCUGCGUUCGACAAGAUUACCGGGUACAUCAAGAAGGCCAAGGAGGCUGGUGGUGAGAUCCUCAUCGGCGGGUCAGCCGAUGACUCGAAGGGGUACUUUGUCCAGCCCACUGUCAUCCUCACCAAGGAUCCUCAGUCGAUCACCAUGAAGGAGGAGAUUUUCGGCCCUGUCAUCACGGUUUAUGUAUAUGAGGAUGCUGACUUUGAGAAGACUCUCGAGCUCAUUGACACGACGUCCGAGUACGCGUUGACCGGUGCGAUCUUCGCCGCCGACCGCAGAGCGCUCGUCCUCGCCACGAACAAGCUCCGCAACGCCGCCGGCAACGUGUACUACAACGAGAAGUGCACGGGUGCCGUCGUCGGGCAGCAGCCCUUCGGUGGUGCGCGCGCGAGCGGUACGAACGACAAGGCGGGCAGCAUCAGCAUUUUCUACAGGUUCGUGAGCGCGAGAAGCAUCAAGGAGAACUUUGUACCCCUCGAGGAUUUCAGCUACCCGUCUAACUUGGUCUGAACACAAGAGGACGGGCUGGGGAUUUGAGCGUAGAAAGAAGGGAAUUGAUCCAUCACAAAUGUAGCCAGCGUCUUGUAUUGAGAACGACUUUGUAGCCAAUGCAGAAUAAGAGCGGUCGCGUCUUGGAUUU